AUGGGCGCACUCUUCUCUACCGCGUUCUCUCGCUACGACCCAAAGCGGGACAUUCCUGACUUGACGGGAAAAGUAGCCAUUGUCACGGGUGCCAACUCUGGUAUAGGCCUUCGUACAGCAGAACUGCUCGCAGUCCGCGGAGCCAAGGUGUACCUCGCUUGUCGAACCGAGUCAAAAGCGACAAAUGCCAUCUACCAGAUUCUCAAGGCCCAUAGCGAUAUAGUUGGUCUGAAUGAAAGGCUCGCUUGGUUGCCUCUGGACUUGUCUUCCGUCGUCAAAAGCGAGCAAGCGGCAAAGGAUUUCCUAGCGAUUGAGUCGAGACUGGAUAUACUUGUGAACAAUGCGGCUAGGGGCAUCGUGCCGUAUGCCUUGUCCGAAGAGGGCAUUGAACUUUCCGUCGCCACAAAUCAUCUAGGCCACUUUGUACUUACGAACACGCUGCUACCGCUACUGACGACCACAUCACGGAUGCCAGACACAGAUGUCCGUAUUGUCAAUGUUGCUUCUCAUUCGUAUGCGAGUAGUCAGGCAGUCAAGUUCGACGGUAUUGAGGACCUCAAUAACCCUCAGGGCGCAUCAGGCAAAGAGAACGGGAUCAGCGCCAAAUUACAACGAUAUGGAACGACAAAACUAAUGAACAUUUUGCAUGCUAGAGAGCUUCAGAGACGGCUCGAUGCUGAAGCCAUCACAAUCACAGUACUGAGCUUGCAUCCUGGAACGGGAGUAAUCACCGAGGGUUACUAUACUGGGAAUUAUGGGGUCCCUGCCUGGCUAGUGGCGCUCCUUCCCAUCAUACGCUUUCUGUUUCUCCCGAUCACUACCACGCAAGGUGCUUACAACUCGACGUUCGCUGCCACCAGUGCAGAGGUCGCUGCGGAGCGCGGGAAGUACAAGGGACAAUAUCUGGAGCCUCUGGGGAAGAUUGUGGCCUUGAAGACGAGGACGGCUACUGACGUUUCUCUUAUUCAAGACAAGUUGUGGAACACGUCGGAAAAGGUAGUACGUGAUACCUUGCAGGCAAGAGCUGCUCCGUAAUAUGGACUGCGGAUUGUUUUUGUACAUCACUUUUCCUGAGCAGGUUCGGCGAAACGAAUACCGUUACCUCAC